AUGUCAAAAGUGUCACCUAUUCAACCGGAUGAGGGAACCUCAGACAUGUCACCUGCGACGUCGACUAUCACCUCACCUUCAAAACCACAACGUGUACUCGCUUGUCUGCGUUGUCAACAGAGGAAGAUAAAGUGUGAUCGCAGAUACCCUUGUUCUACCUGCGUCAAGUCACGAGUAAAAUGUAUACCAGCAACACAACUUCCUCGUCAGCGACGACGCAGAUUUCCUGAACGAGAACUACUAGAUCGCCUUCGCAAGUACGAAGAUCUUCUACGUCAAAAUAAUAUCAAGUUUGAGCCACUCCACAAAGAAUCUCCUCAUACAGAAAGUCACAAUGAUUCCGAUGAUGAACAGCCAAAAGCGACUACAAACAUAUCAUCUCCAUCAACUACCAAUUCUGAAAAAGCACACGGAGCUAUGAAUCUGUGGCACGCUAUGAGUCAAGAAUUUCGAGAACCUGAUAAUAUCAGUGAUUCUGAUGAUGACGAUGUGCGUGAAGCCGAUGUGAAAAAAGUAUGGGAUCAAAUAUCUGACAACGAUAAUCUUUUGUUUGGAUCGCGUGUAUCAAACGUCGAUAUCUCUACUUUUCAUCCCGAGCCAGUUCAAAUAUUCAGACUUUGGCAAAUUUACCUGGAAAAUGUUGAUCCAUUACUCAAGGUUACGCACACUCCCAGUCUCCAGGCACAGAUUAUAGAAGCUGCUGGUAAUCUCCGGAAUAUUAAACCUCAGCUAGAAGCGUUAAUGUUUGGCAUUUAUUGCGUGGCAAUUUCGAGUCUCUCCUACGAAGAUUGCCAGCUUAUGUUUUACGCAUCAAAACCAGACCUCUUGACGAGAUAUCAGUUCGGGUGUCAGCAGGGUCUAUUAAAUAGCGGGUUUCUACGGAACAGAGAUGAUCGAGACACGUUGACUGCUUUAUUUUUCUACCUGAUGUCUUUCAGAACCAAAUCAGUCCCUCAAUCUCUGUCUUCCUUACUGGCAAUUGCUGUUCGAAUAGCGCAACGUAUGGAUUGCCAUAACGAAUUCGCUUUAUCUAAACUUAAUCCUCUAGAGGCUGAGAUGCGCCGAAGACUUUGGUGGUCACUUGUACUUUACGAUACUCGGAUCGGCGAAAUCUCUGAUUCCAAGCACGUCAUCUUGACUCCAACUUGGAGUUGCAAAGUCCCCCUUAAUGCGAGUGAUUCGGAUUUUCAUAUAAAGAUGAAGGAUCCUCCGCAAAGUCAGCAGAAACCAACCGAGGCAAUUUUUGCCGUUUUACGCGGCGAAAUGGGAAAUUUUAUUCGAAAUACCACAUUUCAUCUUGAUUUUAAUAAUCCGGCUCUAAAAUCUGCUGCCAAGCAUCCUCAGCACAAUCCUACUACAGAAGGCAGCGAACUCAUUGAUCUAGAAAAAAUGGUUGAGGAAAAAUACCUCAGAUUCUGUGAUCCGAAAAACCCACUCCAUUUUACCACAAUCUGGACUACACGAAUGAGUCUUGCCAAAUGGCAUUUAGUGGAACAUUGGCACUUUUCUGGCAAAAAUCACUCUUCAAAAGUGGGUUUGGUACGCGAUGCUACUAUCGCCCAUGCCCUCAAUAUGCUCGAAUGCGAUACGAAACUCAUGACAUCUCCUCUCGCGAAAGGCUUUACGUGGAUGUCCAACAUGCAUUUCCCCUUCCCCGCAUACUUCCAAAUCGUACAGAAUUUCAAACGCAGACCGCUGAGUCAACAAGCAGAACGCGCUUGGGAAGCAAUGACGGCGAAUUAUGAAGCGAGAUUUAAUUCUACUCUCUAUGAUGAGAUACCCGGGCCUUUUUUCAUGAUUUUUGCGAAAAUCAUUCUGCAGGCUUGGGAGGUGAGGGAGCUAGCUUUUAGGAGUAUGGGAGAGGAGAUUGCGGAACCGGGGAUUGUGGGGAGUUUGAGGCAGAGAAUAGCGGAAUUGGCGGGGAUGGGAGAGGAAGGGGCGGGGAAGAGGGGUGGGGAGGCGUAUGGGGGUGGGGAUGAUUCUUCGAGGGUGCCGUCCAUGGCUUUUUAUGGGCUAGGUGAGCAUUUGGGAUAUACUGCAUCGGGAAUGGCAUCAUCUGGAGCGGGACCAUAUAUAGAUACCCUCGGAAUGGGGUUGAUUGAUGCGGACAUCAGUACGUUGGAUUGGUCGGUAAUGGAUUGGGGGCGGUGGAUAUGA